GUUAACAACAAAAUAAUAUUAGGCACAAAUGUUAAGACAUAACAAAAUAUAGCAGCAAGGAACAUGAAUAUUUAUUUAUUGGAACUAUUAACAUUCAUUACACGUGCAAGAUAACAGCAAGGAACAUGAAGAUUUAUUUAUUGGAGCUAUUAACAUUCAUUACAUGUGUAAAAGCUGGAUGUGAUUAUCCAUACGCCUUACAAAAUAGUUCCUGGUACGAUAAUGAAAGAGGACUUCUAACUUUUACCAGCGAUGAAAUGUCAGGAUAUGUCGUCCAAUCAUAUUCAAGUAGCGUGACCGACUGGGCGUGUCACAGUGUUAUCAAUGAUUACAUUAUUUCAAAAGGAAAAACAACAGUGAACUUGUUUGGCAGUAACCAGGACGUAUAUGUAUGUAUGAAAAUGACAACAAUAACAGAAUCUUCAUUCUCUUAUUACGUGAUGUCAGAUAAAGAGGCGAAUGCUAACAAUGAGCGUGUAUACAUUAUAACUUCUGGAACAGUGGUCAGUAAUGUUAACAGUAUAUGUCAGACAAGUUCAUCACUGGGCGACGAAGAGUACAAUGUCCUGGUAAAACAAGGAUAUGAACAAGAAGCCAAACAAUGGUGUCCCUCGGUAUUACUGGGAAACUUCUAUUACACAUACGAUAAUGGUACUGGAGCAUCUUGUGGAACCGGAUCAGAAUGGGAUGUGUGUACGAACAGAACGACGAUGACGUUCAAUUACACUCAGUGUGCUACAAUAAUAGCCUACUCUGAUGCUGAAGUGUUCUGUGUGGCAUCAGUGGCAUCAUCGAAUGUAAUUUAUCUAACAGUGUUCAACAAUGGUGUUGUUGAUUCUGUCAACUUUUACAGAUUUACAUGCAUGACAAUAUCAACAUCCGGGUUAUCUGUGAGUCUACAGAAAGGUAAAUGCGACAAAGGGCAGAGUCCCACCAUAAGGCCUACUGGUGGAGCACUCGCAACUCUGACGCCAUAUUUUUGA